AUGACGUUACUCGACUCCUCGGCGUGGAUGCGGCUGGACCGGAUCCUCGUGGUGGUGCUUUUCUUGGUGGUUGCAAAAUGGACCUUGCAGUACUUCAGACAUCGCCAACUCGCCAGAAAAUGGAACACGGAACCAGUCAAAAACCACAAGCUGUUUUUGCAGACGGUGCCCGAGAUUUUUAGUCACCAGAAGGACACCGCCCUGGGCUUCCUCUUGGAACGGAUGUUUUCUCGUUUUGAGUCGUCCAACUCUGACACUUUGUCGCUUUCCAUUCCUGCCAGUUCAGGCACGUUGAUGAUCACCAUGAACCCGGAGAACAUGAAGGCGAUGCUCCUGACGCAGUUUUCCGAUUUCAGCAUUGGCGUGAGAAAACAGGCGUUCGGGCCGCUUUUGGGAAACGGAAUCUUUGCAUCUGAGGGUCAGCACUGGAAACACUCCAGGACGUUGUUGAAACCACAAUUUGUCAGGGAGCAGAUUUCCCACGUCAAGAUGCUCGAGCCGCACGUCCAGAUGCUAGCCAGGCACAUCCACAAAAACAAGGGCUUCUUCGAUAUCCAGCUGUUGUUCCACCGGUUCACUUUGGACGCUGGAACCCAAUUUCUUUUCGGUGAGAGUGUCAAUGACUUGAGAGAUGAGACAAUCGGGUUUGAUCCACAGGAAAACUACAUUGAGGGAAGGGACGAGUUCAAUUCCGCCUUGACGUUUGUCCAGUCGUAUAUGAUCAAGAGACUGGCCCUCUUUGAUUUUUAUUGGAUCGCCAACAACAAGAAGUUCCGCAAGAGUGUCAGAGACAUCCACAGCUACACCGACAACUUUGUCAACAGAGCGUUGGAGCUUAAGCCCGAGGAAAUCGAGGCUAGGUCCAGAGAGGGAUACACGUUUUUGUAUGAAUUGGUCAAGGACACCAGAAACCCAGUGGAUAUCAGAGACCAGCUUUUGAACAUCAUGCUUGCAGGCCGUUCCACAACAGCAUCACUUCUCCUGACGGCCAUGUCGGAACUUUCCAGGAACCCAGAAGUGUGGAAGAAGCUCAGGGAAGAGGUGCUCAUGCAGUUUGGAACAGGAGAAUCUCCCGAAGAGCUCGAUAGUAUCACCUUUGAGUCUCUCAAAAAGUGCAACUACCUCAAAUGGGUGAUCAACGAGACCCUUCGUGUAUAUCCUCCGGUUUCGCUGAAUCUUCGAGAGGCCUUGAAGGACACAACGUUGCCCAGUGGCGGUGGUAAAGACGGAAACGCUCCAAUAUUUGUGCCCAAGGGCUCGAGGGUCAUUUUCCUGAUCUACUCUGUUCAGCGUCUGAAGAAGCACUACGGUGAAGAUGCAGACGUAUUCAGACCCGAGCGGUGGGCCGAUCUCAACCGCAUUGGGUGGGCCUUUAUGCCAUUUGGAAGCGGUCCAAGAAUUUGCCUUGGUCAGCAGUUUGCUCUUACGGAAGCUCUGUAUGUGCUUGUCAGAUUGGUUCAGAUGUUUGAGACAUUGGAAGGUGACGGCAGUCCUUAUCCUGCAAAGAAGGAGGCCAAUGCUACGUUACGGUAUAUGGAUGGUGUCAAUGUGAAGAUGUAUUAA